GGGCAGUGGGCGGGGCCUUGCUGAGGACCCCGGGCUGGGCGCCGCCGCGGGUUCGUCUACCCUCUCCCUGAGCCGCCUCCUUUCAACCUUGUCCGCCGGUUGGCGUGGCCUUUGGUGCAGCGGCGGCGGCUCCCGUUCCUGCCCAGCUCUGUCCCCUCUUUCCCUCCCCACCAGAUCCUGGAGUUCGCCCGCCAUGGCUUUACUCACUGCGGCCGCCCGGCUCUUGGGAGCUAAGAAUGCAUCCUGUGUUGUUUUUGCUGCCCGGCAUGCCAGUGCUUCCUCCACGAAUUUGAAAGACAUAUUGGCUGAUCUGAUACCUAAAGAGCAGGCCAGAAUUAAGACCUUCAGGCAGCAACAUGGCAAGACAGUGGUGGGCCAAAUCACUGUGGACAUGAUGUAUGGUGGCAUGAGAGGCAUGAAGGGAUUGGUAUAUGAAACAUCAGUUCUUGAUCCUGAUGAGGGCAUCCGUUUCCGAGGAAUUAGUAUCCCUGAAUGCCAGAAAGUGCUGCCCAAGGCUAAGGGAGGGGAAGAACCCCUCCCCGAGGGCUUAUUUUGGCUGCUGGUAACUGGACAGAUCCCAACAGAGGAACAGGUAUCUUGGCUGUCAAAAGAGUGGGCAAAGAGGGCAGCUCUGCCUUCCCAUGUGGUCACCAUGCUGGACAACUUUCCCACCAAUCUACACCCCAUGUCUCAGCUCAGUGCAGCCAUUACAGCCCUCAACAGUGAAAGUAACUUUGCCCGGGCAUAUGCAGAGGGUAUCAACCGAACCAAAUACUGGGAGUUGAUUUAUGAAGACUGUAUGGAUCUGAUCGCAAAGCUACCUUGUGUUGCAGCAAAGAUCUACCGGAAUCUCUACCGGGAAGGCACCAGUAUUGGGGCCAUUGACUCUAAGCUGGACUGGUCCCACAAUUUCACCAACAUGUUAGGCUAUACAGAUGCACAGUUCACUGAGCUCAUGCGCCUGUACCUCACUAUCCACAGUGACCAUGAGGGUGGCAAUGUAAGUGCCCAUACCAGCCACUUGGUGGGCAGUGCCCUUUCAGACCCUUACCUGUCCUUUGCAGCAGCCAUGAAUGGGUUGGCAGGGCCUCUACAUGGACUAGCAAAUCAGGAAGUGCUUGUUUGGCUAACACAACUACAGAAGGAAGUUGGCAAAGAAGUAUCAGAUGAGAAGUUACAAGACUACAUCUGGAACACACUCAACUCAGGACGGGUUGUUCCAGGCUAUGGUCAUGCAGUACUAAGGAAGACUGAUCCACGAUACACCUGUCAGCGAGAGUUUGCUCUGAAACAUCUGCCUAAUGACCCCAUGUUUAAGCUGGUUGCUCAACUAUACAAGAUUGUGCCCAAUGUCCUCUUGGAACAGGGCAAGGCCAAGAAUCCUUGGCCCAAUGUAGAUGCUCACAGUGGGGUGCUGCUCCAGUACUAUGGCAUGACGGAGAUGAAUUACUACACAGUCCUGUUCGGGGUGUCACGGGCACUUGGUGUAUUGGCACAGCUCAUCUGGAGCCGAGCCCUAGGCUUCCCUCUAGAGAGGCCCAAGUCCAUGAGCACUGAUGGUCUGAUGAAGUUUGUGGAUUCUAAGUCAGGGUAAAACUGGAGACGGGGAGGAAACUGACUUACCAGAAAAUGAGGAAGCUUAAAAAAAAAAUAUAUAUAUAUAUACCUUUGUUUCAGGGGGCCUUUAAAGACUUAAGAUUAAUUGUAUCUGAGGCACUGAUAAUAUGUUUGAGGUUAAAAUAUAAAUUAUGACUUUAAAAGAUGAAAAGUGACCACGUCUUCCCUAACCAGCUCCCUUCCCCUGCCUGGUAUGAGUUGCCCAUCAACUGUAGGAUGACCAGGACUAAUGCAUGUAGUAUGGGUUAGAUUUGGUUCCCUGCCAUCUCCAGAGUGAUAAUCUGGCUCUUCUUUCUCUGGGUCAAAGCUGGUUGCAGAGAAUCUUCAGUCACUUCAGAGAUUUUGCUUCUACUCUGCUAAGCCCUCAAUUAGCCAGCAAACCAGGAUUUUGCCCCUUUUGUUUACAUAGGAAUCAUGUUGGAUUGUCAGUUGUACCAAGCUCUUUGGCCCUACCCAUGCACACAAACAUCUCCUAGAAGAACCUGUUGGUUAGCUGGACAUGCUUUGGCAUUUUUUUUAUGUUACCAGGUGACCAUAAAAGCAUGGCAUUUGUUGUGACUGGCACCCAGUGUUUGAUUUUCAUGUUUUAAAAUUAUCUCGUUAAAAUUAAGGUCUGGGAGUGUUUUGUUUCCCAUUACUUUAUUUUUUUAUUAUUAUUAUUUUUUCCCAUGCUAUCACUCAUUUGUUAAGUUUCCCAUUACUUUAAAAUUCACCUCCUUCCAGACUUUCUAUACCUGCUGCACCUCAAGAUGAGGAUGUUCUGGACCUUUCCCUCUUGGUCCCUAUUAGAGACCUCUUUCAACAGAUCUGUCUGAUCUGUGGUCUUUCCCAGUCAUUGGGUUUUAUCAGUGCUUAAUGUGAACUAAGUUUUUUACUUCCACAGAAUAUAAGCCACUACCUUCUGACCCACCCACCCCUUUAAUAUACUGUGGGACAGGGACUUAGGAAUGACCAGCAUAUCUUCAGAGUCUGGUUCCAGGGUUACUAGCACCUCUUUUUGAAUAGGGAAAUCAUUCAAGAUUAGACGUGGACUCCUUUGAAUAUCAGUUCUGGGGAGUGAGGGCAUUAAAAAUAGUAAGCUUCCCUCUUCAUCCCCUGCCUCAAAAAAAUGCCCCCUUAUUUAUCAACAUCCUUUUCCUGCGCCUUCCCCAAGAGCUCACAGUACAGUGUUUUAGAAGCCCCAUUUGCACAGGUUUUCAGCGACUCAGAAUGCUCCACUGCCUUUUCUUUGAGAAAGGGUUGAUACACUCCUACUGUGCCCCUUUCUUCCCUCAAAACUCCUGCCUGUGUUUGUGUGGAUUCCUAACCCCCAGAACCACACUGUUGAGAUGGACACACUGUAAACCCUUGGGUAACUGUCAGGUCAUUAUGCAGACUUCAGGUUAUUCUGUAUAAAAUGCAAAAUAAAUGUUUUUAUUAACAAUG